AUGUUGGAUUACGAUGCGCUUGUAGAUCAAGCGUUACAGCUGCUCGAACAAAAUAUCAACAAGAAUUAUAGGGUUUGCAUUGGGAUAAUUGGACCACCAGGUUCUGGUAAGUCGACUGUAGCUGAAAAAUUGAAGGAAAAGAUCAAUAGCAGAUAUCACGAUUACCUAGCUCACGAGCAUCAUGCAGAGGUGGCAGUACGGCCGUUAAGCUCUGCUAUUGAUCUAACUGGAGACCUAUCAGUUGCCAACAAAGAACUGCAAGCGGAGAUUAAGGCAGGAUUUUACUCACACGUCGAAGAUAAUAAUUUCAAACCAGUGCAAGUGAAAGAGUCUGACGGGUCAACCCUUAUCGUUGGUCGCGGUGGUUUGGACAAUGCGGUUAGGAUAAAACCGCUACGUAAGGAAGCCAACUUGUCCCCAACAAAGCCGGAUAUAGCUCAAAUUGUUCCAAUGGAUGGAUUCCAUCUGUCAAGAAAACAUCUAGAUCACUUCAAGGAUCCUACUGUGGCUCAUCUUCGUCGGGGGUCGCCGUUUACGUUUGAUAGUAAUAAUUUCUUGCAAUUGUGCAAAGUGCUGUCAAAAACCUGUUCCCUGGACCCAAACUACCAUUCUACUGGCCCAGAGACUGUAAAUGAAGAUAAUACAAAUUCAUUGUUCGACAAUGUUACGAAUAGCUUUAUAGACUUACCUGAAAUAUCUUUCCCCGGGUUUGAUCAUGCAAUUAAAGAUCCAGUGGCUGACCAGCAUACAGUUCAUAAAUUUACAAGAAUACUAAUUCUAGAAGGACUCUAUCUUCUCUUAAAUCAAGAGAACUGGAGUCUAAUAUACGAUGCCAUAGCAAGCACGGGUGCAUUUAUUUUUUGGAAUAUCGUGAUUGAUGAAGAUGUUAUCGAACAAAGAGUGGCCAAACGUCAUGUUAAAUCUGGUAUUUGCCUGUCUUUAGAGGAAGGCAUACAAAGAUUUAGAGCAAACGAUCAAAUAAACGGUAGGCUGAUUCAAUCGCAAUCUGUUAGGAACGCCAAUAAAAAUGUGAAAAACGUCUACGACAUACGAAAUGAUUAA